AUGGUCUGCCAAAUUUCUGUUCGGUUGCUUCUCCUGGCUUCAAUCUUUAUCCUUAUCGCCUGCGAAGAUGAUGGUAACAUUACAGUGUUUUGACAUGCACCGGAGACAUUUGCUCUAAUUAGGACGACGAUUGCCAUUAAAAUUACCUGGUCUAGAUGUCUUAGGAUAGACCGUUCAGGACAAUUAAAAUAAGUAAAUGACCGAUCACGUAUAAACUAUCGAAAGAGCUUCGACCUGCAUGCAACAUGAGCGCAAGCGUACAUAAAGGCUUCUUGUGUUCACGGUCUUUAAAAAAUGUGGUCAGAUGAUAAGGACAGUUUAUUUUGAGUGUGUCAAAUAGCAUGAAAACUCUUGAUUUCUAUCAUGUUUUGUUCAGAUGUUUUGCUCCGAUAUUUUUUAUUGUCUUAUGCUUGUUCUUCGAGAUGAAGUUCUUAACGACAAUCUGCCAGCCUACUGCGGACACCGCCCAAAAUUGCCCACUAAUCACGGGGACUCAGGCGCUGGCAAGCAUGAAGCCAAACCGUACAGUUGGCCAUGGCACGUAGGUUAAAAAGAAAUUAUUGUAUUUAUAUUUCCCUAAAAUUAAUGUAUAUGAGUCUUGGCAGAAUUAAGCUAAUAAGAAACAAUCCUAGUGCGGGCUCGGUUACCUCCAUGAACGUUUAAAUGUGUACAUGCAUGCGCAUCCUUUUGUUCAGAUACGAUUUCUGCAAGCAACAAGCGAUUUAGUAAUGCCGAUUUUAUUUUCUAAAUGAAUUCGUUAAACUCUAAUUUUAAAAGUAAUAAUGAUAGCCUAACUCUGCCAGGAAAUAGAGGACUGGGAUCUGUUUCAUGCUGAUAAAAAAUCGGUGUAGUCGGAAUCGAAUGGAAAAGUUUAAUUUAUCGGACAGUUCAUUACCCAAUCACAAGGCAAACCUCACCGAAAACCCUAACGUCUCACCUCAGAUGUACUUGUGGCAAAUGGUCUAUUAUUUCCAUUAGAGUUUUGUGUUUUGUAAAAUAUGAUCACAAGUUUCAACAACUGCUAAAUCUCAUAGGAUUAUUCAGACCUUAGGACAGUGUGCAAAAGAAAUAUACAACGGUCACGAUUGCAUUGAGUACUUUUGACCAGUACCAUUCAUUGAGAAAAUGUGACAUACACGCCCUCAAACAGAACUCUCUAUCUAACUCUACGAAGUUUAUCACACCAUGCAGAAAAGACGGGCUGAUUUGCUUCGGAGUUUUCUUAUAAAGAAUCAGAUUUUGGAUUUCGCAUUAUUUAGCAUGAUAAAUGCUUUUUAUAUAAGUUUACAUCUUACCGCCUUAUUAGCAAACUAAUUCUAAAGCCAAGAUAAUUGUCAGACAGAAGAAUGCAUUGCUGGCGGAACGGUAGAAAUUUGAUGGUAAGACAUGGGGAUGUCUGAGACAAUGACGUGAUUAGAAUUUCGUGCAUUUUUAUCCGUAACUAUUCUCACAGGUUGGACUGUACUCCACAUCACGCGGAAGAUCUCCGUACUGCGGAGCAACGCUCAUUUCUCCAAAGUGGAUUUUAACUGCAGCCCACUGUGUCAGAAGACUCUUCGACUGUGUGCCUAUAACGCCCGGUGAAUUAAUUGAUAUCGAAAAAGUUACGGGAAAAAAGUUAGCGGCUGUUGUCGGUGACCACGAUUACACCGAAAAAAACAAAUAUAAAGGAAGACUUCAAGUUGAGAAACUUAUUGUACAUCCAAAUACGACGUUGGAAGACACGAAGAUCGGAUAUGACAUUGCACUUUUAAAGUUGAAAGGCAGGGCAAAACGAAGUAAGAUGAAUGCUUUUGUUGUUCAGAACUAUUGUGUCCGAAAUAAUUCAUGGAGUAAAUAAAUUGUAAAAAAAUGAUGUAAUGGCAUUUAUGGUUACAAAAUGUAUGUCAAAUUAGAAAAGACAGUUUGGGGCCACAGCACAUGUAAUUGCUAUGUACGUGUGCAAAGUAAGUUCGGAAAUCCCAAUGCAGGCGUUGCGAAUAGUUUAGAUUCAACCAGUUGUGAACCUAAAGACAACGACCCAUUUUAUGAUUACUUGCAGGUACCGCACAUUCCGCGGUGACUGUGUACGAAUGGAGAGCUUGUGUAAAAAGUUAAUAAGUUGUCCUAACCCAUACACCUUUGAAAAGUGACCAAUUAUUUACCAUAGCAAAUGCAAUUUCUAGAGUACCGAAAAGAUAAAUUAAGGUUUUCGAAACAUUUAACUGACUUGGCCGCUCAUUUCUUGCGUCAUUUAAUUUUAAUAUCACUGUGGUAUAAAAGGGCAAGAGUAAAAACGCAGGAAGACCUCUGAACUGUCAAACAUUAUACUGCCUAGAUGCGAUAUUUUUAUAUUUGUAUUCUCCUUGCAAAAUGUACAACAUAAUAUGAAUUCUAAAGAUUUUUGUGAAAAUUCGCAUUCUGCACAUUCUUAGCUUAAUACCUUUCAAUUUUUCGCAACGUUCCGUUAAUAAAAACAAUUUUUAAGCUAUUUUACUUUCAUCAUUACACGCAAAAUUCAUGUACCAUGACAACGUUUCUAUCUAAAUUAAGUUUCUGUUGCUGUUAAGUGGUACACGUCCAGUAUGCCUGUCUUCCUGAAUCCUUCCUUAAACUGCCGGAUGGAAGAUUUUGUUAUUUCGCUGGGUGGGGACGAGUGGUUAAUGCUGCAGAACCUGGAACGUAUUACAAGCCUCAAAGAUUAAUGGAGGCAAGAGUGCCCCUAACUUCAUAUAAGGAAUGCAAGCAAAAGCACCGGAAAGUUGAUGGUCUGAAGCACGUCUGCACUGAUGCAUCAUUUGGGGUAUGAUAUUUUGGAGAAGCCUUCAUUGCUGCCUUUAGAUUUAUACCCGUUUAACCAAUUUCUUCUGAUUUAGGAAACUUGCCACAGUGACAGUGGAGGCGGCUUACACUGUCUGGAUCAUCAAGGACAUUGGGUCGUUUAUGGCAUCAUUAGUUUUGGCCCGCCAGAAUGUGAUGGCGACUUUUCAGUGCACACAUGGACUGGUCGCUAUGUCGAAUGGAUCAAGAAAAUCGUACGCGAAAAUUGA